CAACUUGUAAUAUAUUGAUAAAAGUAAAUCAAGCAAGCAUAUAUGGAUUCAUCCUCCUCAAAAGAUAUAAAGACAGAGACUUUGGAUCCACCUUUACAUGCAAUAGGCUUUCAAAUCGAAGACUUGUCGCCACACAAAGUCACUGGGCGUCUUCACGUCACAGAAAAGGCUUGCCAGCCAUUCAAGGUGUUACAUGGAGGAGUGUCUGCAUUGAUAUCAGAGGCACUAGCGAGUAUGGGAGCACAUAUGGCAUCCGGAUGGAAGAGAGUAGCUGGUAUACAACUAAGUAUUAAUCACAUCAAGAGUGCUAAUCUUGGCGAUCUUGUUUUCGCCGAGGCAACACCUCUCCAAACUGGCAGGACCAUUCAGGUAUGGGAGGUGAAACUGUGGAAAAGUGAUCCUUCUAACUCCGAAAAAAGAUUACUUAUAUCAUCAUCAAGGGUAACUCUUAUCACAAACUUGCCUGUGCCCAAGGACGCUGAGGAUGCAGCUCAAAAUCUAAAAAAGUACUUCAUCUCAAAGUUAUGAACCACAUGGUGUAAUGCCUCAAAUUAUUUCUAUAUGGGUUAAUGGUCUAAAAUAACAUCUACCUUUUAUUUGUCUUUUAUUUA